CAAACGCUGUGGAAACCUCAUCUCCGCUGCAGAGCUGCCCGCCCUUGGGUACUAGGUUGGCGAUUUAUCCCGCUAUUCCGCCUCGAUUGCAUCACCGAGCCGCCAACUCUGCCGCCUCGAGCUGUAUCGCGUCCGCCAACGUCGCCGCCACACCCAGGCGCGCUCAGCAAUCGACACCGCCGCCGCACGGACAUGACUGGAGUUGUCUCCUGGCCACGCUGCAUUCGUUGCCGGGAUCAUUCGCCAUGGCAUAUAUAGCUCCGAUCCACCGGGCCAGCAGCGUGCGCCAUGCCCUGCAGGUGCGGCUGUUGCCUGAGGGCGAGCCGUGCUUGGUCCUUGCCAAGUCUAACCGCCUCGAGGUCUGGCAGGUCGCCGGCGGCCACCUGACCCUAACCCAUUCCAAGACCAUCCAUGGCACCAUCGUCAUGCUCCAGGCCCUCCAGCCCAAGGACUCUCCGACCGAGAUGAUCCUUGUCGGCACCGAUCGCUUUAGGUACUUCUCCGUCCUGUGGAACCAGGAGACACGCGAGCUGGAGACCGUACAGGAUUUUCUCGACCAUGGAGAGCAGUUCGUGAGAGAUGUUACCACGAGGCAUAGGUGCCUUGUCGACCCAUCCGGACGCUUCAUUGUCAUGCUGGUUUGGUCCGGCGUCAUCAACGUCAUGUGUCUGCAGCGUAGGAAAGGCAAGCAGAGGGACCUGCUAUUGCUGGAUCAGUCACGCAUCUCCGAGCUCUACAUCAAGGACGCGGCAUUCCUCUACUCCGAAGAUGCCCAUCCUCGCGUGGCUUUUCUGUACCAGACCAAGCCGAACGUUCCGGAAUCCAAGCUGGUCGCAUACCGCCUAUGCUCCGACGACAAGGACUUGGAGGUCUCUCGUUUCGACCCGCUCAAGGAUCGGAUAAUAGACAUCGACAUUCCAGACCCCGGUGCAGUCAUGUUGAUUCCGGUCGAGCGGGUCGAGUCGAAGCGGCACCACUUUCGGAAUCCGGGCGCCGACGCGCGCCUUGGAGGCCUGCUGGUCGUGGGCGAGACGCAAGUUCUGUACAUCGACGACAUGACACAGGCAACCGUCGAGACCGCCCUCAUGAGCCCCAUGGUCUUCGUCGCAUGGGCCAAAUGCGACGCUUCCCACUACAUCCUAGCUGACGACUAUGGUGGUCUGCAUCUGCUGACCCUAGACGUCAAGGAGGACGGGGUAACAGUGAAAGAUAUCAUCGUCUGCCUCAUUGGUAAAGCCUCGCGCGCCAACGAACUUGUCUGCCUGGACAGUGGCUAUCUCUUCGUCGGCUCGCACUAUGGCGAUUCCGAACUCCUGUGCCUCAACCUGGUCCGCGAGGACACGGACAGGCCGCUGGUCGAGACGGUGCAGACGCUCCCCAGCAUUGCCCCGAUUCUUGACUUUACCGUCAUGGAUAUGGGCAACCGCGAAGCCGACAACACCGUCGGAAAUGAGUAUGCUUCUGGUCAGGCCCGCAUAGUCACUGGGAGCGGCGCCCACAGAGAUGGGAGUCUGCGAAGUGUCCGAAGCGGAGUCAGGCUAGAUGACAUCGGGAUUCUUGCAGACAUGCCGGGCGUCAGGGGGCUAUUUCCGCUUGAGUCAAACGGGGAGACCAAUGCUCUGGUUGCGUCGUUUCUCACCGAAACAAGGGUUUUCACCUUCGACGCCGAAGGCGACAUCGAGGAGGUCGAGGCCUUCCAAGGCCUUGAUUUAUCAGUGCGGUCACUUCUAGUAACCAAUCUAGGCGACGACAGUAUUCUCCAAAUCACCGACCAUGGAGCCUCGGUCAUCGGCCCCGAGGCCGGAAUAACAAUCAGCUCCUGGGAGCCGCCGACUGGUCGCGUAAUUACAGGUUGCUCGACCAACGGAAAAUGGCUUCUUCUCUCAAUCGAUGGCAAGACGCUGGUAUCCCUACGAAUCCCGGACCUCACCGUGAGCACGCAGCGAGAAAGCAGCCCGAAUGAUCAGAUAUCCUGUCUUGCUGCGUCACCACAUCUCCCUGACAUAGGAGCUGUGGGGUUCUGGUCAGACGGGUCUGUGUCGAUCAUAAAUCUUUGCACUCUGGAUGUCAUACACAGCGAAACGCUGCGCAGGACAAAAGACGCCGCGAUAGUACCUCGCGACAUUGUCCUCGCCAGAGUGCUCCCGGCCGAAGUGGCAGGCCCAACUUUGUUCGUGUCAAUGGACGAUGGCGAGGUGGUCACCUUCACACUGAACGACGUGGGCAAGCUAUCGGCACGUAAGAGCGUUGUCCUUGGCACACGUCAAGCUCGCUUUCACGUCCUGCCGCAGCCCGGAGAUGUGUGCAACAUCUUUGUCACUAGCGAGCAUUCAAGUUUGAUAUAUGGGUCGGACAAGCGAAUCAUAUACUCGGCCGUGACCGCGGAAUCGGCGACAUAUGUGUGUCCCUUUGACACUGCCGUCUUCCCAGGUUCGCUUGCGGUAGCAACCGACUCCGAGCUCAAAAUCUCCAAGAUUGACCCGCAGCGGCAAAGCCACGUCCAAUCGCUGCCCAUGGGGGAGAAUGUGCGAAGUAUCGCCUAUUCGGCGCCGACGCGGGUCUUUGGGCUGGGCUGCAUCCGACGAGAGAUUUCCAAAGGCGUGGAGAAAGCGUCCAGUACCUUUAGGCUCGUUGACGAGGUGGUGCUCCAGCCACUGGGCAACCCAUUCGAGCUGAAUGAAGGAGAGGUGGUCGAGACCGUUAUACGGGCGCAGCUCCGCGACACCUUUGGCCGUCUAGCAGAGAGGUUUAUCGUCGGCACACGGUUUCUCGUCGAUGAGAACCUGGUCCCAGGAUCCAACAGCAAGGGGCGGGUGCUCGUCUUUGGGGUCGACGAGGAGCGAUCGCCGUUCCAGAUUGUCUCGCAUCCUCUAAAGAGCGGCUGCCGGAGGCUUGCCGUCAUGGAGGAAAUGAUUGUCGUUGCUCUCACGAAGACGGUGGUGGUGGCACGAUACGAAGAAUUGACGUCUACUUCGGGCAAGCUUAUCAAGGUGGCCUCGUAUCAAACCACGAGUUACGCCAUCGAUGUCGCAGUCGAGGGUCGUCUGAUAGCGGUCGGAGACAUUAUGAAGUCGAUGUCGCUCGUCGAGUUCGUGCCCCCGACGACGGUGGCGGGAGAUGGAAAAGCCGGAGAGACGAAGAAACCGGCACAGCUGAUUGAGGUCUGCCGGCACUACCAGUCGUCCUGGUCGACAGCGGUGGCUCAUUUCGAAGGGGAAUCGUGGCUCGAGGCGGACGCUGAUGGAAAUGUCAUGGUUCUGGGACGCAACACCACGGGGGUCACGCUGGAGGACAGGCGGCGGAUGGAGAUCACGAGCGAGAUCAACCUGGGUGAAAACAUAAACCGCAUCCAGAAGAUUUCUGUUGAGACGGGCCCAAAUGCGCCUAUUCACCCCAAGGCGUUCUUGUCGACGACCGAAGGCUCUAUCUAUCUUGUUGGGGCCAUCGCACCGCAGAUGCGAGACCUCCUGCUAAACCUCCAAGACAGGCUAGAAGACUAUGUGGGAACUCUGGGAAACAUACCCUUCAAAAACUUCAGGUCGUUCCGGAAUGCCGAGCGUGAAGCGGAUGGUCCGGUCCGUUUCAUUGACGGCGAAUACAUCGAGCGGUUUCUGGAUAUGAACGAGGAGACGCAAUCUCAGGUGUGCCGGGAUCUAGGUCCCAGCGUAGAGGACAUGCGAAACCUGGUGGAAGAACUGAAGAACAUGCACUAGACGAAUGUGCACAAACAAGCACCGAGGUAUGAGUGGAUUCUGGCGGUGGCUGUCAUGUAUAAGGCGUUGGUGGGACCAUAUUAAGAUUAUAAACAGACAAGCGUCUCUGGGUUUUACAAAAUAGCGGUCCGAGACUAGGUAGGUGCUCGGCAUAACUUGUAGGAUCUGAUAUCUUCCCAUCUUUGUUGUUAGUUUGUAUUAAUAGCAAUCACGUGGCCGCAUACCACCGUCGGGCAAUCGGAUGGUUUCGGAGUACAUUUCACGUGACUGAGCCAGAGCUGUUGCUCCAGCCAAUGAUACCCCACCAAUUAGGAAGCCUG